CCAUGUUUCUCAUGGCGUAGCUCAGGAGGCCCACGUCUGAAAGCAGCCUUGGGGAAUGCAGGUGUCGGGGCCAGGCUCCUUCUGGAGGCCCUACGGGAAACUGCAUCCUUGUCGCCUCCCAGCCCCCUGAGACCUCCUGCAUGCCUGGGCUUGUAGCCCUGAUUACUCGGGCCUCUCCUCUGUUUCCUCUGAAUCCUCUCUGCAACGGGACCUUUCCCUAUUGUCAGAUCACACCUGCAAAGACCUUUUCUCCAGGGAAGGGAUCGGGGACUUCUCCUUUCACGACAUGAAUGUCAGAGACUCUGGCUUCCACCAUGACUAAGAUGUCUGAGCCUGUGGGUGGAAGGAGCGUUUAAAUACCAGGCCUGCCUGCCCUCUGACCAUUUGACACCUGGACUGAGACACUCACAGCAAGACAUGGCCAGCCUGCAGACUCCGCUCCUGGCUGUCCUCAUCCUCCUCUCAGUGAUGCUUCAGGCAACUGAUGCAGGUCCCUACGGGGCCAACGUAGAGGACAGCAUCUGCUGCCGGGACUUUGUCCGCUACCCGCUGCCGCCGCGCGUGGUGAAGGACUUCUACUGGACCUCAGACUCCUGCCGCAGGGCUGGCGUCGUCCUGCAAACCGUCAAAGACCGGGAGAUCUGUGCUAACCCCAAACUGCCCUGGGUAAAGAAGAUUCUCCAGAAGCUGAGCCCAUGAGGAGGCACCAUGAUGACCACUGCCUUUGGAUUCUCCAGCAAGGCUCGCCAAGCCCUACCUCUCCACCUUUGCAGCUGCUGCUCACAGAAGCCUGUGCCUGUAACUCCCUCUGUGCCCUCUCAUCUCCAUCCCUGCAGCUCUCGCCCUCUGCUGGGCCUCCCUUCAGGCCCCUCCAGCCUCAGUACAGCCAGGGUCCCUGUCUUGAUCAGCCACCUCUUUGCUCCCACUGCUCUCGAAGAGAUCAGACCCUGCUGCUGGCCCCGACCCUUUGAUCUGGGUGCUGUCCUCGUGCCCAGCUUCAACCCCUUCCCUUCCUGUGUAUUGAGCUCCAGUUUCCUCUUCCCCAAACCAACACUGCUCGCUUCCACUUUGGGAUCUUUCCAGGGCUGUUCCUGCUACCUGCACAUGGCCAGGUCUCCCACACUCCCAGGGUUUGCUCAGCCCAACUAAUCAAGACAAUUUUUAGACUUCCCUGGCCCUUUGCCUGCUCCUAUUAGGUUUGACUACUGUCUGCUCAGAAUUUUCAGGACUUAGAGGCCCACCCUCCAGCACCACUGCUUGGACGCAGGUCCCCAUCUUGUUAUUCUUAUCUCCUGGCCUCCAGCAUAGAGCACAGAGCCCAGGGCCUGGCUCAGAAUCAGAGAGCUCUGCAAGGGCUGCAGACUGGAUCAAUAAAAUGAUGUGUCCUCCACCCCAAAACAGGCACUUACUUCUCAAUACAGAGAUCCAUGGCACUAGAAAGGAUGAAUUGGGUCAAUUGUGGAUUCCUGAUUUGCUCGGAUUCACCUGUCUUCCCCAUUUUAACUAUGCAUUGGUCAAGUUUGAUUUUUUUCUUCUCUCAGAACUUAUUGGUCUUUCAGUCUCCAGCAGUCAGGGCUGAUCUCUUCAGAAUUCACCCCAGUCCACUUCCCCUGCCUCCUUCCUUAACAGCUGAUUAUUCUGUUGAGUUCGUGCCACGGUGUCGGUGGUGAUCAUGGCUCGGUAUUAUAAGCUGCAGUUUUAUUUAUGUGUAAAAAGAGGGUAAUAGUUAAGAGGUUAAGUGGAUGAAUGGGAGAACUUGAGGAACCCUGUGGGAGGGGACAAGAUGGCACUUUUGAGGCCUCUGGAGGAAGCAGGUUAUAGUGGGGCUGCUAUGUAUGUGAAGGAGCCUGGGGAAACUUGCUCUUGGAUGUUUGGGGCCGGGCUAAGAACUGGGGUUUGGGAGUAUCUCAGAUAAAAGGAAUAAACUGACAAUGUUCGCUCCUUUCUGAGGGAGCCUGCUGCCAUUCAGUGGGGCGGUUGGCACUGUAAAACCCUGAGCAGUGACCCAUGUUAGUGCUCAGAGCCUCAUGUGACUAAUGAAGAUGAGAACAGUCACCUCAUGGUUACUGAAGGGCUUGGGUCCAAAGUGCACCUUGCCCCAGCCACGCAGCUCUGGGUCUUCCAGGCCUGUGUCCCUCACCUGCCUACUGCCCACGAAUGGAGCCUUCAAGUGUCCUGGGGGCUCCAAGUGUUAUGUCCCCUCCUGUCUUGCUCUUGCCCCUCAGGCCUUCUGGAAAAUAAAUCCUCUCAAACAGUG